AUGGCUCAAAGGAGUGAGGUCAGAAAGGAGGUCCCAGGAGACACCAGAGAGGUCAGGAAGGAAGUCCAAGGAGACACCAGAGAGGUCAGGAAGGAGGUCCAAGGAGACACCAGAGAGGUCAGGAAGGAGGUCCAAGGAGACACCAGAGAGGUCAGGAAGGAGGUCCAAGGAGACACCAGAGAGGUCAGGAAGGAGGUCUAA